AUGGAGCAGUGGGCGUGGGAGAAGCUACCACUGGCGGGCUCGGAGAGGGACAAGGAUAUGAAGAGGUUGACGGAGACCUUCCUACUGGAGCACCGGCCUCUUUGGGAGAUGUGGGUAUGCAAGAUGCUGCUGUCAUGGACUACGUCGAGGCGCUGGACGCGACUAGUGCUGAAGACGUUCCUGAGGACAGUCCAUCACGAGAAGUGGAAGCUGGACAGUCACGGCCUACCGGUGCAGCUUCUGUCCACCAAGUUCCCGACCUGGCCAGCGGAGCUUGGACAUCACGAGAAGCUCGAGAUGCGCCGCCCGUGCCAACAAGCGCUGCGCGAUACCAUCGAGAGCGCAAAGUCAGAGUUCUUGACCCAGCAUGCGGAGGUGUCUGCGUUUGCGAAGCUCAGCUCGGAGCAGAUCCUCGAGCAGCUCAACAUGGCCACGGUGCUCAAUCACCUGUGGUCCCUGUGCAAGAGCUGGGGACUGGUCCAGGCGGGGAAGAAGGAGGAGGUGAUCGACAGGAUCAUCGCGUACAUCAUCGAGCAGCAGGGGACGGCAGCCCCGACGACCAAGAUCAAGAAGGAGGUGGAGAUCAAGAAGAUGGAGACGGCACCCACCAUCGUGGGGCCAGCCAUCGCCGCCCACUACACUCAUGACUGUCAGCAUCCGCGCUGCCAGCUGAAGAGGGGUAUUGCGAAGAACGAACCGAUUCUGAAGAUGAAGCCGUCGGCUCUGUUCGGAGCCAUGUGCUCAUUGGCAACCUUCGGCCGCAUGACGAUGGUCGAAGCCUGCACUCGCGAGGACUCGAACCUGGGUCAGGUGUGCUACGAGAGAGGCUACCACUUCGAACGGCUUGGCCUCUUCAACGACUACGAGAUCAGCAAGCCGCAGGGCUACCACAAGGCGAAGUUUUUGCUCAACGAGAAGAGCCUGAAGAUCCUCGUCAGUACCCCGCCCUGCGGACAGUGGUCAAUCAUGCAGAAAAUCAACCAGCGCAACGAGCAGCAGAAGGAGAACCUUCGCAAGAAGCGGGUGAAGAGCCAUCGCAUCUUCGAGAACAACAAGCGUCUCACCGAGCAUCAGGUGCUCAACUUGCAUGGCUCAGCUCUCGCCGAACAGCCUCACAACAGUCGCUCGUGGCAGAAGACCUGCUGGAGGGAAUUACACAAGAUACUGCCCUACGAGGUCAUUGUGGACGGCUGUGCGUGUGGACUGCGAGCUCCAGACACGGGAGAGCUCAUGAAGAAGCGCUGGAAGCUCCUGACGAACGACAAGAGGAUCUGGGUUGCUCUCCAGCCCUUGCAGUGCCGUGGAGACCACUACCACGAGGAGAUCGAGAGCAGCCUGCGCAUCGAGGCGUAUGGCGCCUAUCCCAAGAUGCUGUGUCGCAGGAUCCUCCGAGCUCUGACCAAGAGCCAGAAUACCAACUACUUCGAGGACGAGGACGGCGAAGAGAGCCACCUCACCAAGGAUACGAUUCAGAAGCUCGAGAGCUACGUCAGCACGAAUGUCAUGGCUCUGGCGAUCCUCGACGCCGGCUCCGACAUGCUCUACGUGAGGCUGAUCGAUGAGAAGAAGAUUCCUGGACAGACUCGCCAGGUACGGGCCAGAGAUCUACGACAGAUUUUCACUACGAGAGGGUUUCCAUGGAUUGGACGCCCAAAGAUUAUGCGCUACGACCCUGCGGGAAGCGCCACAUCCGACGAGUUUAAAGAGUGGGUCGAGAGCCUGGGCAUUUACUGUCUGCCCUGUGCGGCCGACGCCCACAGGCAGAUCGGCAAGAUCGAGCGAGCUAUUGAAGCUUUCAAGGAAGCACUGGACGCGUUCGACGAGAUGGUGUCCGCCGAAAUGCCGACUACCGAGAUGAUUGGCUUACAGGUGGCCGCGAGGAACGACCUGAUCAGGAUCGACGGCUUCACCGCCCUUCAACGUUAUGCAGGACGGACUCCGACUGGGACCACCGUCAACCCGUCCGACGAGCCACGCGACUUACCUCUCAUCAGUGCUGAACUAGAGGACGGUGCCUUCAGCCGAGACGCCCAGGUACGACGACUCUCGCGGCUGGCCCACAUCCAGACGUCAGACCGAGUCAAGCGAGCGGAGGCCGCGAGGUUCAGGUCCUUCAAUGAGUACGAGACAGGCGACCUGGUCUUCGUAUACCGGCGGCUGCCACCUGGAGCCUGGAGGAUGCGACGCAAGGGAGAUCCUUGGCUCGAUGCGACUGCUGACCCUGACCCUGCCAUCCAGAUGCUCCACCAGGCCUACAGCAGCCUGGCGGUGAACCUACCGAACUACCUCACGGAGACGCCGAACCACCAGCUGAGGAGGGCAAAUUUCUAUGGGGACCAUGCGUACAGCGUACAGCAGCACAACGAGGCCAAGGAGGACGACGAGCUCAUCAUGCUGGAGAUCCCCAUCAUCAACGAGCUUGCGCUGAUGGCCUACAUGGACGACCCCAGCAACUACGUUGCAUCCCAGACCCGCAAGGGCCGAGUCGAGGUAUCCUUCAAGAAGGCGACCCCCGACGAAAAGAAGCUGCUCCUCGAGGCCCAGCAGAAGGAAUGCUCAUCAGCUCUCAGCACUAAGGCGGUCAGGAUCCUGAGCAAACAAGGAGUCGACCCGGCACGCCUACUACGUUGCCGCUUCGUUCUGACCUGGAAGAAGGGUGAGCAGGGCAACGUCCUCAGGGGCAAGGCACGCCUGGUUGUGCUUGGCUUCCGCGACCCCGACCUGCUACACUUACGGACGGAGUCUCCCGUCGCCUCCCGACGGGCACGUCAACUUCUACUGGCCAUGGCAGCUAGACACAAGUGGAAGCUGGAGAAGGCGGUCGCAGUGACAGCCCUCCUCCAGGGAGAAACCGACGAGGAAAAGAGGAAGAUCUAUGCGGACCCGCCGAAAGAUGUCCGCCCGGCCUUCGGCAUGCGCGACGACCAGGACACGCUCAAGAAGCUCGAACUGGAGGUUGUCCAAUGCGAGCCCUGUGUCUGGGUCAUCCGCGACGGCCUAAAGCUGGUCGGCAUGGUGAUCCUACACGUGGAUGAUAUGAUGAUCGCUGGUGACCACACGAGCCUGGCCUUCCUUAAGAAGCGCACCGACAUCUAG